AUGGCGACGUGCUGGGCGGUCGCAGUUCGUCAUGGCUUCGGCGUGCGGCGAGUGAGGCCAGGCGCGCCAUUGUGCAACAACUGCGUCGGCGUCAGCGUCGGCGGCGUCGGCGUGAGCGUCGGUGGCGUCGGCGUCGGCGUCGUCGAGGGCAGACGCGAGCCCAGCAAGGGCGCCCGCCGCAAGCGGCGGCGCGGCUGGGAGGACGACUCUGAGCAGAGCGCACAGGCUGCCGCCAAUGCCAGCGCCGCGCGGGCGGCGAGCGCACUGCUGAUGGAGAAGAUGGUGAAGCAGUGGACGCCCACCGUGGAGCAGCUGCGGGCGAUGACCGUCGCGGAGCCGCCAGGGAGAGGGCAGACCCGCGUCUGCCUCGAGUGGCCGCAGCGAGGCCGCAGUGAGGGCAGCAUGGCGCGGGCGGAGACGCCGCCGCAGAAGCGCACAGCGGGCCAGGCCGCGGAGCCGAAGCCGAAGGGGCGGGCCCCCCUGAGCGUGGACGUCUACCCCGGGCCCGUGCCCCUGGACCCCGACACGGUCGUGCGGCGCCAGACGCGGCCGAUCGGGGAGUUCGGAGGGAACCUCGGGGGCUUCUUCUGGUCAGUCUUCAUUCCCAUCUGCAUCUGGUACUUCUACGGCUGCGUCGUCCUGAACGAGGGGGGGCUGCAGCUUCCGCCCUGGGACGCCGCCUGGUGGCAGAAGCUCUAUCACGAGCUCCCCGAAGGCAUCGCGAUCCGGCCGACGUGGGUGGGCACCAUGUCCUACGUCGCCUGGGUCAUCUUCCAGGCUCUGAUGGAGAUAUUCCUGCCUGGGGAGGUCCACGACGGCGUCAAGCUGAAGAACGGCAACCGCCUGAAGUACCCCAUGAACGGCCUGCUGUCGUACUUCUUGUCCCACGUUGCGGUCGUGGUGCUCUGCUACCUCGGCCUCGUCGAGGCGACCUUCGUGUGGAAGAACAUGGGCGCUCUCCUGACCGGCGGCGUCAUCUCCACCGCCGUCGUCUCGUGGUGGCAGUACAUCGACUUCGGCCUCCUGUGGAAGCGCCACGUGAACGACCCGGAGUUCGAGGAGGAUUGGGGCGUCUUCACCGUGAAGGAGAUCUUCAGCGACUUCUGGCUCGGGGUCGCGCGGAACCCCCGCUGCUUCCACAAGUGGUUGCCGAAGACCGGGGGCUUCGACAUCAAGCGCUUCUCCAACGCGCGCGCUGGCCUGACGAUCUGGAUCAUCUGCAAUUGGUCCUACAUGGCGGCGGUCUACUACGGGUGCUUUCUGAAGGACAGCGGAGAGCCAGUUUGCCAGGCGACCGGCGAUUGGAGCCGCAUCGGUCCGUCGGCCGUCUUCAUCUCGCUGGCACACUGGUACUACAUCUUCGACUACAACUGGAACGAGCCCGCGUACCUCACCACCACGGACCUCAGGCACGACCUCUACGGCUUCAUGCUGGCCUACGGUUGCUGCGGUUUCCUCGCGUGGUAUUACCCGAUCGCCUUCAUGGGCCACAUCGCGGGCCAGAAGACCCCCCUCACGGAGAAUUACCUCAACUUUGGCAUCGGCCUCACGCUCUACAUCAUCGGCAUGUACCUGUUCCGCGUCACCAACAUCGAGAAGCACCGCUUCCGCACCUACAUCGCCGACGGCGGUGACCUGAGCACGUACAAGGUCUGGGGCAAGCCCGUGCAGUAUGUCAAGACGGAGGAGGGUAGCUACCUGCUGGCGUCCGGCUACUGGGCCCUGGCGAGGCACUUCAACUACAUCGGGGACAUGGUCAUGUGCGUCGGCUGGACGGUGGCCUGCACGGGGCCGAAGCACGGCUUUCCCUGGAUCCCCCUCAGCUACGUUGCCUACUUCUGGAUCAUGGACAUCCACAGGCUCUGGCGGGACGAGGAGCGCUGCGCCCGAAAGUACAAGAAGGACUGGGAGACCUACAAGGAGAAGGUCCCGUACUUCAUCCUGCCCGGCCGCAGUGAGGGCAGCAUGGCGCGGGCGGAGACGCCGCCGCAGAAGCGCACAGCGGGCCAGGCCGCGGAGCCGAAGCCGAAGGGGCGGGCCCCCCUGAGCGUGGACGUCUACCCCGGGCCCGUGCCCCUGGACCCCGACACGGUCGUGCGGCGCCAGACGCGGCCGAUCGGGGAGUUCGGAGGGAACCUCGGGGGCUUCUUCUGGUCAGUCUUCAUUCCCAUCUGCAUCUGGUACUUCUACGGCUGCGUCGUCCUGAACGAGGGGGGGCUGCAGCUUCCGCCCUGGGACGCCGCCUGGUGGCAGAAGCUCUAUCACGAGCUCCCCGAAGGCAUCGCGAUCCGGCCGACGUGGGUGGGCACCAUGUCCUACGUCGCCUGGGUCAUCUUCCAGGCUCUGAUGGAGAUAUUCCUGCCUGGGGAGGUCCACGACGGCGUCAAGCUGAAGAACGGCAACCGCCUGAAGUACCCCAUGAACGGCCUGCUGUCGUACUUCUUGUCCCACGUUGCGGUCGUGGUGCUCUGCUACCUCGGCCUCGUCGAGGCGACCUUCGUGUGGAAGAACAUGGGCGCUCUCCUGACCGGCGGCGUCAUCUCCACCGCCGUCGUCUCGUGGUGGCAGUACAUCGACUUCGGCCUCCUGUGGAAGCGCCACGUGACGCCCAGAGCGACCGGCGAUUGGAGCCGCAUCGGUCCGUCGGCCGUCUUCAUCUCGCUGGCACACUGGUACUACAUCUUCGACUACAACUGGAACGAGCCCGCGUACCUCACCACCACGGACCUCAGGCACGACCUCUACGGCUUCAUGCUGGCCUACGGUUGCUGCGGCUUCCUCGCGUGGUAUUACCCGAUCGCCUUCAUGGGCCACAUCGCGGGCCAGAAGACCCCCCUCACGGAGAAUUACCUCAACUUUGGCAUCGGCCUCACGCUCUACAUCAUCGGCAUGUACCUGUUCCGCGUCACCAACAUCGAGAAGCACCGCUUCCGCACCUACAUCGCCGACGGCGGUGACCUGAGCACGUACAAGGUCUGGGGCAAGCCCGUGCAGUAUGUCAAGACGGAGGAGGGUAGCUACCUGCUGGCGUCCGGCUACUGGGCCCUGGCGAGGCACUUCAACUACAUCGGGGACAUGGUCAUGUGCGUCGGCUGCUACGUUGCCUACUUCUGGAUCAUGGACAUCCACAGGCUCUGGCGGGACGAGGAGCGCUGCGCCCGAAAGUACAAGAAGGACUGGGAGACCUACAAGGAGAAGGUCCCGUACUUCAUCCUGCCCGGCAUCUUCUGA